CCGGUGCCGGCUCGGGGAAAGUUGCGGCGAGCCCCGGUCGGCGGAGGCAGAGACGGUGGCCGCGGGGGACCGGGGCACGGCGACACCGGGGCACGGCGACACCGGCGGCACCGGCCGAGCACCCCCCGGGGCGAUGGAGCCGCCGCGGAGCCUCCCGGGGCUGGAGCGGGAGCGCGGCGCGCUGGACGCGGCCGGAGGGUGCCCGUCCCCGCUGGACACCAAGGCCGUGCCCGGCAGGAAGUUUGCGGUACCUGGUGAAGCAGCUGGAGUCGGGCGAGGUGAACGUGGAGGAGCUGAGGCGCAACCUGGAGUACGCGGCCUCGCUGCUCGAGGCCGUCUGCAUCGACGAGACCAGGCAGGUGCUGGACACGGAGGACGAGCUGCGGGAGAUGGGCUCGGACGCGGCCGUGCCCUCCGAGGUGCGGGACUGGCUGGCGGCCACCUUCACGCAGCAGGCGCGGGCCAAGGGGCGCCGCGCCGAGGAGAAACCCAAGUUCCGCAGCAUCGUGCACGCCGUGCAGGCCGGGAUCUUCGUGGAGAGGAUGUUCCGCCGGACGUACACGGCUGUGGGGCCGAGCUACUCCUCCUCCGUGCUCAACUGCCUGAAGGGCCUGGACCAGUGGUGCUUUGACGUGUUCUCGCUGCACCGCGCAGCCGAGGAGCACUCGCUGCGCACGGUGGUGUUCGAGCUCUUCACCCGCCACAACCUCAACAGCCGCUUCAAGAUUCCCGGCGCGUUCCUGACGGCGCUGCUGGAGGCGCUGGAGGGCGGCUACGGAAAGUUCCGGAACCCCUACCACAACCAGGUGCACGCGGCUGACGUCACCCAGACCGUGCACUGCGUCCUGCUGCGCACCGGCAUGCUGCACUGUCUCUCCGAGAUCGAGCUCCUGGCCAUCGUCUUCGCUGCUGCCAUCCACGACUUCGAGCACACGGGGACAACCAACAGCUUCCACAUCCAGACCAAGUCGGACACCGCCAUCCUGUACAACGACCGCUCGGUGCUGGAGAACCACCACAUCAGCGCCGUGUUCCGCCUGAUGCAGGACGAGGAGCUCAACAUCUUCGUCAACCUCACCAAGGACGAGUUCGCGGAGCUGCGGGCGCUGGUCAUCGAGAUGGUCCUGGCCACCGACAUGUCCUGCCACUUCCAGCAGGUCAAGUCCAUGAAGACGGCGCUGCAGCAGCUGGAGAGGCUGGACAAGUCCAAGGUGCUGUCGCUGCUGCUGCACGCAGCCGACAUCAGCCACCCCACCAAGCAGUGGGCCGUGCACAGCCGCUGGACCAAGGCCCUCAUGGAGGAGUUCUUCCGGCAGGGGGACAAGGAGGCCGAGCUGGGGCUGCCCUUCUCGCCCCUCUGCGACCGCACCUCCACGCUGGUGGCCCAGUCGCAGAUCGGGUUCAUCGACUUCAUCGUGGAGCCGACCUUCUCGGUGCUCACCGACGUGGCCGAGAAGUUGGUGACGCCGCUGGCCGAGGACGGCUCCAAGGCCAAGGGCAACCCCGCGGCCACCCAGCAGCCCAGCUCGCAAUGGCGGCAGCCAUCCCUGGAUGAGCACCUGGAGCUGGGGGACAUCAAAGCUGACCUGGCCGGGUUCCGCUCCACCUGGACCAAGCACAUCCAGGAGAACAAGCAGAAGUGGAAGGAGAGGGCGGCCAGCGGCAUCACCAACCAGGCGUCCAUCGAUGAGCUGUCCCCGUCCCCGUGCGAGGAGCCCGCGGCCACCAGGCCCCACAGCGAGAAUGGGGACGUGGAAUAGCGGCGGGAGGAGUGAGGUCCUUGUCCGGUCGAGUGACACCGUCUCGUCUUCGAUGCCAUCGAGUUCAGCACCAUCCGCAGGGCAGGAGCCCCCCGGGGCCGGGCUCGGACCGGUGUCACCUCUGUGCCAGGACCAGUGUCACCUCUGUGCCGGGAGCCCCCCGGACUGGGCUCGGAUCGGUGUCACCGCCGUGCCAGGACCGGUGUCACCUCCGUGCCAGGAGCCCCCCGAGCUGUCCCCUCUGUCGCCGGUGCCACCGGUCCCCCACUGCCACCCCCGGCCCCGCCGCCGGGCUCGGUCCUUUGGGAUUUUUAGAAACGCUUUUCCCGCUUGGGAGGGGCUGGGGCGGGGACGGUGGCGCUGGGGACAGCCAGGGGGGACACGCUGUCACCGCCAGGGCCACCGCGCUCCUCUCGGUGCCCGCGGCGUCUGGCUGGUGACACCGUGAGGGUGGCACUGUGCCCUGUCCCCGUCCCGCCCCGGACGGGGACAGGAGAGGGGACAGGGACAGGAGAGGGACAGGGACAGAGAAGUCCCCGCGGGGUCCCGCCCGGCGCGGCGCGGGUGGCACUGGGGACAGGGAGCGGCGGGGACAGGGACAGAUCCCGCUCCGGUGUCCCCGCUUCCUGCGACAUCCCGGGAACGCUCGGGAGUGCUCAGGAAUGUUCGGGAGUGCUCGGGAAUGCUCCCACACCCCGCUCCAGCCGCCUCGGGACCCCAGAAUGUUUGGGGCAUCCCAGAAUGUUUGGAGCAUCCUCGGGAAUCCUGGAAUGUUUGGGGACUCCCGGAAUGUUUGGGGCACCCUCCGGCCCAGCCCCGUGCCUUGGGAACCCACGCACAUCCCGGAGCAUUCCCCGGCAGCAUCCGGAUCUCUCCUGUCCGGGAAUCCCACUGGAUUCUGGAUCAUUCCCGUUCUGGAAUCCCGCAGGAUCCCGCAUCUACCCUCGGGAAUGUUCCAGAAUCCCAAAUCCACUCUCGAGAAUCUCCAGGAUCCCGAAUCCAGCCUUGGGAUCUUCCAGGAUCUGGAUCCGGCCUCGUGAACAUUCCAGAAUCCCGGAUCCAAUCUUGGGAUCUUCCAGAACCCCUGAUCCAGCCCCGGGAAUGUUCCAGAACCCCAAAUCCACCCUCGUGAACAUCCCAGGAUCCCAAAUCCACCCUCUGGAAUGUUCCAGAAUCCCGGAUCCGCUGCCCCUCGAGCACUCCACCCCGACAUCCUGGAUUCCCUCCGGCUGCCCCGGGGCUGCCCCAACCCCCGGGAAUGUUCUGGAACCUCCCCGGGAAUGCUCAGGAAUGUUCGGGAACGCCCGGACCCACCCCCCUCCCCCCUACCGGCCCCUCCCGCUCCGGCCCCGGCUCCGGGCCCCCCCCGUGUUUGUAUUUUUGUACCCCGUGUCCCCCCCGUGUCCCCUUCAUGUCCUCUCUUUGUCCCCACCGUGUCCCCUCCAUGUCCCCCGCCGUGUCCCCUUCAUGUCCCUCCUUGUCCCCCCCGUGUCCCCCCCCGUGUCCCCCCCUCGGUCACCGCUUCCAGAGCUCCGCCCCCCCCGCAUGUGUCCCCCCCGCGCCGCCGCUAACGAGCAAUUCAU